ACCAAGCUGCCAAAACAGGCUAUUGAAUAAGCAAAUAAAUCAGCUGAUGUCCUUGAGAUGCUCCCACCAACAGCCUCCAUAGUCUCGAGGGGCUCUUUGUCUUCCAGGAGUACGGUGUCUUCGACUAGAGAGGUUUGCAGCUGUCCGUCCUACCCCCCAAAAAACCAAAAAAAACCCCAAACCAACAAAAAACCAAACCAAACCAACCAACAAACAGCCAGUCACCUCAAAUCUCGCAAUCUUUACUUGGAGGAUUUCCUGGGGCGGAGGCUGAGCCCAGCCCGCGGCAGCGGAGGGCUGGGGAGGAUGGCUGAGGCUUGUCUCCGUCAGCCGCGUAACAGGGCGGAGGGCGUCAGCCAGCCUGGGAUAAUCCGAGGAGGAGAUUCGUAGAGCUGCGCCGGUCUUCCUACUAUGCUCUGACGACCCGCUUUUGUGGCUGGGAGGUGGCUCAGACCCAGAUGGUGCCAUCUGGGCGAACUGAAGGCUGGGGACAGUUUGGGAGUGGGAGUGAAACCUGUUGUAAAAGGUCAGCGCUUUCCGUGGCUCGCUUCCUGACAGAAAGCGUGAAAGAGCCUGUUCUCCGCAGCUGGAUCUCGGCCCCUGACUGUGGCGGGCGUCCUGCGAGCCCACCGGCGCCCCGCACCCUGCCGGGACCGGCGGCUCCCGCACCGCCCAGGAGAUACAGCCCCUUCCAACGUUUCCAGGAAUUCGUCAAAAUUUAAACGAAGGGUGUUGAAGAAUGAUUUCCUGCCGUGCCUGCUGAGGGAUGCCAGCGUUUCACUGAAAACCGGCUACCGUGACAGUCGCAGUGUUGUAACUACAUCCCGGAGUGAGGUGUGUGGGGGGGAGGCUAAACAAGGUCUUCUGCACCGGCUAGGGUGAAACGUUAUGGACAUGGCUCCAGAUACCUGGAAUUUUUUUUCCCCUCCAGAAAAUUUGGGCAAAGAUAACUCUAGCUGAAUUUUGUCAUGAGUGGGCAAACUCCACAGGCUGGUUGCAAGCUCAAGAUGUGGACAAAAUGACUGGAAAAAGGGAAAAAUUUACCUGUUUAUCAUGGCAGAAUGUGGGAAACAUGACAGCAAAAACACUGUUUUCAUGUAAUAUUGCAACAGCAUUUCUGUCUUUAAUUAUUGCAAAGAAAUGUGAAACCUACGAUGCAAUGUUGGAGCAAAUUCUUGUGCCUGACGGGCAGCCUCUUGCUGUUAACUGUUCACCAGAAAAGAGCUUGAAAAGUGGAAGCUACAACUUAACGUGGUAUAAAGUUGGUAACCAGACAGCUGUGCCUAGAGACAAACUGUCUAGAGUGCAUCAGCAGAAGAAUUUAAUUUGGUUUCUUCCUGCAAUGUUAGAAGAUUCUGGAGACUAUGAAUGUGUCAUAAGGAAUUUGACAAGCUGGAAGAAAAUGUGUACAAAAGUAACAGUUUUUGAGAAGAUUGAUGGUUUAUGCUUAAAUGAAAAAUUUGCUGUAGAGGAGGUGAUAUUCACAUCAUCAUCUGCAAAGGUUGUGUGUCCACACUUGGAUUAUUUCAGGAAUGAGAAGGAUAUUCAGCCUGUUCGUUGGUAUAAGGACUGCCAGCUGCUGGAAGGGAAAAGAUUUGCCUUCUCAAACAGUGAUCUUAUAAUUUUCAAUGUGACUGUACAUGAUCAAGGAAACUAUACAUGUGAAACAACAUGUAACUACAAUGGAAAACAAUAUAACAUUUCACGAGAUGUCAGUCUGAUUGUAGAAGUGAGCCAACCAAAAAAGCCUCCAGAAAUAUCUUACCCAAGAAACAACUCUAUUGAAGUGGAACUUGGCUCACAGGUUACAGUGGAUUGCAAUACAACAGGUGCUGAUGGGUAUGAAGUGUUUUGGAUGGGCAACGGUGUGUAUAUUGAUGUAUUUUAUAUGAGCAGAAUUUUUGCAAGUCCCUAUGAGGAAGAAACUUCUAACGAUGGACGCCCUAUGCAUUCUGUGAAGCUAAUAAUUUCAGAAGUGACUAGUGAAGAUUAUGAACAACCAUUUGUCUGUCAGGCUUCAAAUGCCUUUGGGCAGGUUGCAUCUUAUAUUAUAUUAAAGCACAGAGUUCCUGACAUACAAAGAUGGCUGACUGGAGGGCUUGUCUCUUUGUUAAUUUUAACAUUUAUUAUUUUAAUAAUCUACAAGACUUUCAAGAUUGAUUUGGUGCUUUGGUACCGUAAUUCUGUCUGUGCCCUUACAAGUAAGGAAGAUGGGAAAACUUACGAUGCAUAUGUCCUGUAUGCAAAAAGCAGUGAAGGCAAAAGUUUCUGUUGUCUGGAGACCUUUGUUCGUAGAAUACUCCCAGAUGUUUUAGAAAAACAAUGUGGAUAUAAUCUCUUCAUAUUUGGAAGAGAUGAUUUACCUGGAGAAGCUGUAGUCAGUGUUGCCGAUGAAACCCUUAAGCAAAGCAGAAGACUGAUGAUUAUUUUGGGAUCAGAAACAUCUAGUUGCUGGCUGCUAGAAGAGACCUCUGAACAACAGCUAGCUAUGUAUAAUGCACUCAUCCGUGAUGGGAUUCAAGUGAUUCUUAUAGAAAUGGAUGAAAUACAGGACUACACAAGCAUGCCAGAAUCAAUCAGAUACAUUAAGCAAAAACAUGGAGCUAUCCAAUGGAAAGGUGACUUCUCAGAAAAAUCAUGUUCAGCAAAUACAAGAUUCUGGAAAAAAGUGCGCUAUCAAAUGCCAUUCAGGAAAAAGGUAUCUUAUUCUGAAGUGUAUUUAUUGCCAUUAACUUCGAACAAUUCUGCAGCAAAGGGGAGUUAAGAAGUGCCUAUUAAAAUAAUACUGAGAAGGUAAUUCUGAAUUGUGAUGUUUCUUGCACAAAGUCUUUAUAUUACAAACUAAAUGUUUUCUUUGAGAUGUAAGAAAUAGUCAUCCCUUCCUUAAAUUACACCUUAAAAGAAAACCUCUGUGCAGCUUUAUUUCUGUUCUGGAUUUUUGACAGUGACCCAAUUUGUUGUGUUAGCCUUCAUUAGAUACGAGAAGUAAAUGUUAUGGUGAUGGUGGUACACAAUCAAAUAGCCACAGUCCACAUGAAUGUUAUAUGAAGAAGCAGCUAUGAGGUCCAUUUUUAAAAAUUGAAACUGCAGUUGAUAAAUUAAAAAUCUGUUUCUAUCAUCAGAAUUUUCCUAGUCUUUCUGUUCUUGUUACUUCUCCAUGAUUGUCUGACUUCGUCAUUGCUGCAGGAAAGCCUGCACUGUGCAAGCCUUGAGGUCCCCUUCUGAGCAAAAGGCCUUAUCCUUGUUCCUUUAAGGAGUUGGGGAAAUACAUGACAUAGCAGGUAUAUAUAAAAAUCACAACACUUAAUGUGUUUCAGCUGAACCGUUGGUACAACGUGUGCUCAACAAAUGGCUUUUUAGACAUUUGUUCAAUAAUUCUGUGAUAUCUGCUCUUUGUUUGUUUGUUUGUUUGGUUUUUUUUAAAAAAAACUUAGUCUAUUGUAAUGGUCAGCAAAACUGAAAAUAUUUCAGAUUUUUUGAGAACUGGAAGUUCUAGAAUGUGCUGCUACUCUGAAAACGAGAAGUUCUUAUUCUGUGUCUCUAACUAUACACACAGAAAUUUACUGAGAAUCUAUCAAAGGACUGUGCUUGGGCUGGGUUUCCUGGAGAGAGUGGAAAAUGGCCACUUCUGAAACAUGACCAGAUGGUAAUGGCAAGAAAUGGUAUCUUGUGUAAUUGUGAAAGGAAAAGUUAGAAGCAUGUGCCUAUAUCAAACUGCUUGGAAGUAGCUUGGUAUUUCUGGAUCCAAUCCAUUGUUUUGUGUGCAUCACCAUGAGAAAAUGGCAUGCUGCUUCCUUUUCAAGGUUGUCUGAAGCAGCAGGAGUUUUCAUGGUCCAGCCUUGAAGAGCAGCAUCUGAAUGCAAAUAUGAAUUAUCCUGUUGUUGUUGUUGUUGUUGUUGUUCUUUUCUGAAGUUAACUAGGUUCUUACAUCAUGUUUAUUGCUAGGAUAGCAUCUGUCAGUUGGUUCUCAGAAGUAUGUAUACUAUAGAAUAUAUUCUUCAUUGGGCUGUAUUCAUGGGAGAGAGAAAGCAAGAUCCGGGAAUGGAAAUAGAUAUUCAGAGUGAAAGAUUUGCAAUAGCAUUUCAUGGUACCUUUUCCUUUGAGAAUGUCUAGCAAAUACUCCUUAGGAGCAGUUUCUCAUUCUCCUUAUGUGGGGUUCACAACUGCAUAAUUUUCCAUAGCCUUGACUGACUUGGACUUGUUCUGAGUUGUCACCAUGAGAACUGAGAACAGGAUAGAUCUAUCAGAUGAGAUACUGUCGUUAUAGUAGAUGUUGAAUCAGUUUUCUAUUUAAAAAAUAAAUUUAAGAACUUGGAUAGUUUAGAUAAUCAUUAUUGCCAAAUUUUUACAUUGUGUUUAGACCUAGACUUGCUCAAGAAAGUUUUGAAAAUUACAUUUUCCUUCACAGAUUUUUUUCAUUUAUGUUAAAACCAGAACCCUCUUAUUCUCCAUGUUGAAGGGGAAAAGUAAUAAAGAAAAGAUGUUGAAACUGU